UUUUGUAACGUUACGUAGUACUGUGAAAACUCAAAAUCCCACAAUGCACCGUAAACCGAGAGGGUAAAUCACGCAUGCGCGCUAAGCAAUCCCUCUUUGGACCUACGUCUCCACUGAAACGAUGGCCAAGCGUACCAAGAAAGUGGGGAUCGUGGGUAAAUAUGGCACGCGUUAUGGCGCGUCGCUCAGGAAGAUGGUAAAGAAAAUUGAAAUCUCCCAGCACGCUAAAUACACCUGCUCUUUCUGUGGCAAGACCAAGAUGAAGAGGAGGGCUGUUGGUAUCUGGCACUGUGGGUCCUGCAUGAAGACCGUGGCUGGAGGCGCCUGGACUUACAACACAACGUCCGCCGUCACAGUCAAAUCCGCGAUCAGGAGACUGAAGGAGUUGAAGGACCAGUAAGCCAGUGAAAUAAUCACUGGUGGAUUUGGGACUUUUUCUAUAAAUUAACCCACCUGGACAUGGCCUCAACAUCCACAAAUAAAUCUGUCUGGAGCGGAA